GCCCAAAUCACCCUCCGGCCCGCGGUGGCGCUGGCGGCACUUCGUCUCCCUGGGCUCCCGGACCUUUGGCCCUCGGGGGUCUCGGAGUGCUAGGCGGAGAAGGGGCUGCUCCCGGCAGACGGCGUCCUCGGCACCCCGCAGGCGGACCAGGCCGUCGGGGCAGGUCGGCCUAAAGCGCUGCGGAGCUGAGCGCCGGGAGGGGUUCCUGCUGGUGGAGAGAGUGCCAGGCGCCCCCCGGGCUCGGCGGCGUGCGGGGACCCCAGGACCCCCGCCCCCGCCCGGGGCAGCCGGAGCCGGGUCGCCGAGCGCGGCGGUGGAUGGAGCCCAGCAGCCCCGAGUCCCGUGCCCUGGAGGUUCAGGCUGCCGCGGGGACAGCGUUUCCAAGACUGGGGCAUGAAGGUCGCUGUGUCGGACCUGGGGUCUCUCUUUGCCAAAAUCUUCAAGACCCCGACGGCGCCCCCGGCGGUCCCCUCGCCGGUGGCCUCCUCCGGCCAUUCGGGGGGCGCUGCCGCCGCAGGCCGGACGGGCUCCGGCGCCUCGCUCAGCGCGGCCCCGACCCCGGCCCUCUUGCCCGCCCUGGCCCCCGACUCCCCCUCCGCCGCGCGGGGAGCGCCGCCCGCCUCGCUCCAUCCUCUGCUCGCCGCCUCCUACCCCCGGGUCUCGGUCUCGAGCCGCGCGGCGGAAGCAGCAGGGACUCCCCUCUCGCUGCCCAGUAGCCCGGGAGGGGCCCGAGCGCAGCCCCCGCCCGCCGGCCACUCCAGCAGCGGCCGCAGCGCCGCAGGCUCCCCCGCCCACCUGGUGAUCUGGGCGCGGCCCGCCCCGGGCCCCGGCGGGGUCACCGCUGCGCUGCCGGCCAUCGGGGGCGCCGGGGGCGGCGGCAGCCUAGGCGCGAGCCCACGGAGCACCCAACAGUCUGGCCCCGGAGAGCGAGAGCCCGGCGCUUGGAUGCCCCCCGGGCCUGGCCCCAGGACCCUGUUCUUCACCCUGCCGGACAUCGGCGAGGAGUGGGCCUCGGACAGCGACUCGGAGGACGGUGGAGAAGCAAGAGGACUGGCAGAAGGAUCUGGAAAGCACAGUUCCGUUGUGAAAAGCGAAGAUCCUUUACCUACACAUUUUACAAGAAACGUGCAGAAAGCCAUUGAUAAAUAUGCCUGUGGAUCCGUAUCAUCGUUGCCAUCGAGUGGAAGGCCCACGCCUGCAGGUGCCCACAACUCUUGGUCUGGGUCUGACACACAGACUUCCACCACUGGCUUAUCAACGGAGAGGAGCUCCAUUUACUCCUGGAGAGAUGACGACUUUGACAAAGCCAAUGCGCAGAAAGUACAGCAGCUAUUCUGGGAGGUGGAAGAAAUGUUGUUCGAAGGGAAAGUAAGCCCUCAGACUCAGAAUCUAGUGGCCGAAUGCAGCGAGUGGGCAAGAAGAUCCCUCCACCUGAGAGUAUUAGGAAGACAGCUCAUAGUGCCGACUGAUGAAGGAUUCCAACAUUUCCACGGUAAUGAGCCUAGUUCCGCGGUCCACACACCCUUCCUGGAUGCCUGUGGACACAAGCACAACAUCAGAGAGCUGUGCAUCUCUGGCUCUCAGAUACUCCCAGGGGUGUGCUCUUCCCCUGCACUGCCUGGCCCCGCUUGCACGCGGCCUGCUGACUGUUCAGCAGGUUCACCCCUGGAAGAAGAGGUUUACGAUGCGGAUGGAAAGAUGGAAGAAUAUUUUGCUUUUGACAGAAAAGAAGAGGGUGAUGAAUGUCUUGAACAGAAAUCAGUUCAUCGCCAUAGGAUGCGGCAUAAACACAGACUUCCUCCCGUUUCUCCUCACGACUGUAUCAAAGAUGCGGUGGCUGCGGAAGUGUUUGAUCAUGUCUGGACAGAUGUGGUAGCACUUUUGGAAGAGCUGGUUAGAAAAACUUGGGAAGUUACACUCCCAGGAAAGAAACAGAAAGAAAAAUUGAAAGUAGCUGAGAAUAAAUCUCCACUUACACUCAUUUCUCGUACGAACACCGAUGCGUCGAGUGUUCCCCCAUCCAGAAGCUCUGAAGCCCGAAGUAUAUCCCUGGCUUCUCAUCUUCAUCCACCUCAGGUUCAUCGCUUCUCCAACAACUUUUAUAGUGAUUUGAGUUGUGUGAUGACAAUUCAAGCAAAACCACUUCAGCAGAGACCUACCUGUUUUGCGGAUAGAACGCAGAAUGAACAAGAAGGCAAAUCACUGGGUGUGGGGGCCAGUGCUCCGUCUUUGGCCCGGCACCGUCUGGGACGAAUCUCAGAUGCUCGCGGACUCCACGCUUCCGCGAGGAAGACGCCUGCACAUCUGAGGCUGCCUUCUCUCACUUCAGACUCCCAGAGGAUGAAGACCCCCAGUGUGUGCAGCGAUGAAGUUCUAAGGGGAACAAAGCCGCAAACUGGCAUAGACCGGGGGUCCUCCCCACCGGCUCAGGCCUCAAGGAGCAGGUUACCCCCCAUAGGCUCAGAGACUGGUGGGCAGAAUGUGGCAGUUCCUGGAUCUCGACCUGUUCCUUACAGAGGGAGGCAUCCACAGAACCGUGUGUUAAGUGCAGUACCUGACAGUUUGGAACGCUCGCCUCUUCGAGAAAGAUCUCUGACCGUGGAACAGUUUUCAAGACCCAGCACAACCCACACAUUUCGGUUAGAUACUCCUCGAAAAGGUUCACUGACCCUGAUGGAAUUUGCUGGCCACACAUGGACAAGUCAGAGUCUGUUGACAGGUUCACAGUAUCCGCCUAAAUCUUUUCAGAGGACGACUCUGACGUCAAGGAAGAGAUUCCAAGUGGCAUCUUGAUGGAACCGGGAGCAGCCAGUCUCAGCAUGCCAUUUAUCACACGAAUAAUGGAAGAACAAGUAUUCUACUACGCAUCAGUUUGUCUGACAGCGGGACCUGAGCCCGUCUGAGAGAAAUGCAAGCACAUAAACAGCUUAGUUUUGCAUCCUUG